GCUCGAUGCCGUUCAGCUCCGGGCCCCCGUGUGGUGGCAGAGCUCCCAGCGUCCCACGCCCUCCGCACCUCAUCUUCAUCAUGGUGGACGACCAGGGCUACAACGACGUGGGCUACCACGGGUCCCAGAUCCGCACGCCCGUCCUGGACCGGCUGGCCCGCAGAGGGGUGAAGCUGGAGAACUACUACGUCCAGCCCAUCUGCUCCCCCUCCCGCAGCCAGCUGAUGACCGGCCGGUACCAGAUCCACACGGGGCUCCAGCACUCCAUCAUCCGGCCCCGGCAGCCCCUCUGCCUGCCCCCGGACGUGCCCACCCUGGCCGAGCGGCUGAGGCAGGCGGGGUACCGCACGCACAUGGUGGGGAAGUGGCACCUGGGCUUCUCCCGCCGCGGCUGCCUGCCCACCAGCCGCGGCUUCCAGUCCUUCCUGGGCUCGCUGACGGGCAGCGCCGACCACUACAGCUUCCGCCACUGCGACGGGGCCGACACCUGCGGCUUCGACCUGCACGACGGCGAGCGCCCCGCCUGGGAGCUCCGCGGGAACUACUCCACUGAGCUCUACACACACAGGGUGAAGCAGAUCCUGAGGGCCCACGACCGUAAGAAGCCCCUCUUCCUGUACCUGGCUCUCCAGGCGGUCCAUACGCCCCUGCAGGCCCCCGCCCGCUUCCUGCGGCGCUACGGUUCCCUGGGCAACCGGGCGCGGCGGCACUACGCGGCCAUGCUGAGCUGCGUGGACGAGGCGGUGGGGGAGGUGGUGCAGGCCCUCCACGACCGCGACCUGUACCGCCGCUCCGUGCUGGUGUACUCCUCCGACAACGGGGGCCAGCCCCUGUCCGGGGGCUGCAACUGGCCCCUGCGCGGGGGCAAGGGCACCUACUGGGAGGGCGGGGUGCGGGCGGUGGGCUUCGUGCACAGCCCCCUGCUCAAGAGGACGGGCGCGGUCAGCAGGGCCCUGAUCCACGUCUCUGACUGGUACCCCACCCUGCUGUCCCUGGCCGGGGUGCCCAAAAAGGCCCUGGGCCCUGGGUUGGAUGGGCACAACGUGUGGAGGGCGGUGAGCGAGGGGCUGCCCUCGCCCCGCUCCGAAAUCCUCUUCAACAUCGACCCGGUUUCGCGCCGCCCGGGCCGGGCCGGGACCAGGGCCGUGAGCGCCGGGCUGGGGGUGUGGGACACGGGCGUGCGGGCGGCCAUCCGGGCCGGGGACUGGAAGCUGCUGACGGGCCGGGUGGGGGACGGGGACUGGGUGCCCCCGCAGACCCAGCCGGGGGGCCCCGCGCGCCAGGAGGGCCUGGAGAAGAGCGGGGCCCAGGGGAGGAAGUCCGUGUGGCUGUUCAACGUCACGGCCGACCCGUACGAGAGGAGGGACCUGGCCGAGAGCCGGCCCCAGGUGGUCAGGGCCCUGCUGCUCCGCCUCGCCCACUACAACCAGACCGCCAUUCCCCCCCAGAACCCCGCCGACGACCCGCUGGCCGACCCGCGGCUGCACGGGGGCGUGUGGGGCCCCUGGUUGGGCCGGAGCGGGAGGGCGCGGGCGCGGGGGAAGAGGCGCGGCCGGGGGCGGAGCUGUAAGGUGUGUAAGCUGCGCGCCCUCUUCAGGAAGGUGGGGGCGCGGCUACAGAGAGCCGCCACCUACUUUUAG